AUGCAAAGGUCUGAUGCGGUUCCAGACGCUUCACUGCAGCCACCACGGACCUUGCAACCUUCUGUCCCUGCGCCGACCAAGAGCCCAUUCCUGGCUGUGCAGUCGCAGCCCGCUGCUUGGCAACGGAACCGACAACUGACCGUCCUUCAGUCCGAAGCCGUUUCAAGGCCCUUAAAGGCAAGGAACGCUUGCACAAGACCUACAGCUCCAACAGACCUCUAUCUCAUAGACUCCAAUGUAGGUGUUCCCUAUGGACCUGCACAGUCUUGCAGGGCUCCACCAGCCAAGGCAUCACCGGCCAGGCGCACCAGCAGCAGAGUGGAAGGGGACCGGAGCCGAGAAAUCCAGAAGGCCAGCGUGCAACUGGAACUGGCGCAGGCCAUGGAGGACCACGAUGUGGAGACCAUUCGUAGGUUGCUGCCGGUGGCAAGCAAUCUCGGUCUCCCCCGAGAAGAGAUCGCAGGGGCCAAGCGCAUCUUGAGCUGGGAGCUCCGGCUGACUUUGCACCUGAGGAUGUUCUGCAGCGUUUUUUUUGUUUUAAGUGUCGAAUUCAAAGCUCACCUACGUAUCAUCGCCGACAGACGGCCUGACCUUCGACAGAAGGGAGGAACCAGAAGGAAGCACUCGGAGCAGCAUGAGCGGCACUGCACGCUCAUCAACCGCAAUCGAAGUCGAUUCUGCAGCAGUUCCAGGCACAACGAAGUUGACGCCAUGAGCGCAUCUGUCUCGCAACUGGCACGGUCAGUGGCUUUGUUGGAGGCUGCGCCGCCGAGGGCAAAGGCAGAUGCAAGCUCAGCCAUCAGUAGGCUCGGACAGGAGCUCGAACAGAGGGUAUGGCAGAGCCUCGAGAGCAAGAUCCAUCAAAUAGUUGAUGGUACUCUUUCGAGGGCAGCGAAACAGGCAUCUUCACAUCCGCUGGAAGCAUACAACUUCGACCAUUUCGAUCUCAACGGCGACGGGAUUGUUACCAGAGAGGUCUUUGAAGAGGCUCGCCGCAAGAUUCUGGCAGGGGCAGGCCAGGCUGCUGCGCCCGUCCGCAGCAGCGGAGCGACUGCAGCAGCAGCUUGCAAGUUCGAGAACGACCCUGUCAAAGAGAAGGCGCCGCAGGCCUACAUGCGACAUCUCUAUUGCCAAGCAGCCAGGCGCUUGCGUGCGCUGGCACGCGGCCAGGACUACGAAGCCGCAAGAUGUGUGGUCAGGCACUUGCUGCGCACGGGUAUGCAGAGAGCUUGCCUGGCCGGAUCAACACCAGAGGCGUUGGUUGAGGCGAGGCGGGACAUCGCUGCAAUCCGGGCAUCGAAGCAGAGGAUCGAAGACGCCACGGCGAAGGCCGAGGAGCUGGUGAAUGCAGCCUCUACCAAAGUGCAAGCCGUCGCGCGUGGCCGAAGAGUGCGUCGGGAGAAGGAGCUGGUGCAGAAGAGUACAGUCGUACUUCAGCGCGCACUCCGCCGGCUUAAACACCGGAGGGCGACCGGAAGGAAGCAGGAGUUUGCGGCAGUGGUCAGGGCGGCCAGGGGGCAGCGCAAGGAAUGGGCCAUGGAGUUCGAGAGACUCGCGGUCGAUGGCGGUCUGGAGCGACCUGCCUUCACUCUGGCAUUGACCAGAGCCUGCGGGAACAAGGUGUCGCUUCUUCAGGCGGAAAAGCUGUGGACGGGGUUCCUGGAGCACAGUGAAGUUGCUGGGCCCAUGGCGAUCUCGCCCUUCUGGGCCAUUUGCGAGGCCGUGGAGCAAGGAGAUGUCCAGGCAGCUGAUUUCGCAGACAUGCCAGUGGAGGAGUAUGCGUCCUAUGGACACCAUGGACACAAUGACUUCCAUGCAGCGCAGAUGCAGAUGCAGCAGAUGCACGCGGCGCAGCGGAUUCAGGCCGCCCAGCGUGGUCGACAGGCCCGGCUGAGCCUCGAUCUUGGAAUCGAUCUUGCAGGCUGCACAAUCCCGAUGCGCGACAGCAGGCAGCCCUCCGGAUACAAGCUGCUCACCUCGGCAGGUUCCAUCCUCUCGAACUUGCUUCUGGUCUUAGGCAUGGCUUUCCUGGCAGCUGGUCUGGUCCAAAAGGAAAGCUCCUUCAAUGAGAUGGGGGCAUCAGCGAAUGUGGUGUGCCUGGCGUUAGGCGCAGUGGCUCUCGCACUGCCUGCAGUAUUCAACACCAUUGAUGGCACCUCGAAGCAGGAUGUCUUGGAGGUCUCGCGUGCCUCCUCUGGUGUUGUCGCUGCAGCCUACGUUUGCUUUCUGAUAUUUCAGCUCAUCACCCACUCGGAGAUGUUUGCCGGGGAGGAAGAGGAAGAAGAGGAGGAGCGGAGUUUGCCACCUUGA